CUUUUUCCCUCUCCGCGUUUUCCUUUCUCCCUUCUCCCUCACAUACACACGCACACGACUCUACAUAUUAAUAUACACAUUCAGACACAUAAAUUACAUUACAUAUCUUCAUAUAAAUAAAUAAUCUUUGAAUCCAAAAUAACACAUUCAAAGAACAUGGCACCCACUUCAUUUUCCUCUCUCUUUCUGUUCCUCAUCAUCACCACCGUUAAAGUCGCCGGACAAACAAGAACUCCGGCAGCUGUAGCUCCGGCACCGGCAUCCGAUGACUGUAACGGUAUAUUCUUACAAUACGUAUUCACUUCAGGAUCUAAAAUUAAACCCACUUUAAAAUCCAAGCCAUCUAGUCAACCUUACAAGUUUCAAUCCAUUCUAAGUAUAAUCAACAAUGGGUUAGAUGAGUUAAAGUUAUGGAGAGUAUUUGUUGGGUUUCAACAUGAUGAGUUGUUGGUAUCUGCUUCUAAUGCUAUUCUUGAUGAUGGGGUUUCAUUUCCUGCUAAAGUUGGUAAUGGUACUGUUUUUGCUGGUUUUCCUGUUUCGGAUCUUAAGACUGCUGUUGAAACUGCUGGUGAUACUACACAGACAAGUGUGCAGAUUAAGAUUGUUGGUACUCAGUUUGGUGUUGGCUCUCCUAAUGUACCUAUGCCCUUGAAUAUAUCUUUGGUUAAUGAUGGGUUUAUUUGUCCUAAACCCUCUAUGCUAGGAAAGAGUGUUAUGCAAGUAUGCUGCACUAAAGACCCAAAAUUCAAGACAAAUCUGACAUUGGGUGAGAAAUUUAGUCGACGCCAAGAUGGGGAUCUUACAAUUAUGUAUGACAUCCUAAGAACAUAUGAUUCAAAUUACUGGGCACAGGUUACCAUCGCAAACCAUAACCCCCUUGGCCGCCUUGAUAACUGGAAACUAAGUUGGGACUGGAUGAAGGAUGAGUUUAUUUGGGAAAUGAAAGGCGCUUAUCCCUCUGUUGUUGAUACUUCUGACUGCGUUUUUGGGCCACAGGGCAAAUUUUAUCAAGACCUUGAUUUCUCCACUGGAUUGAACUGUGAGAGAAGGCCAACAAUAAUUGAUCUGCCUCUGGAAAAGACCAAUGACACAAAGUUGGGAAUGAUACCUUUCUGUUGCCGGAAUGGGACUAUCUUGCCACCUGCUAUGGACCCAAGCAAGUCAGUUUCAGCAUUCCAGAUGAAUGUCUUUAAAAUGCCCCCAGAUCUCAAUCGCUCCUCGUUCACUCCUCCACAGAAUUGGAGGAUCGAAGGCAGACUGAAUCCAGAUUAUAAAUGUGGACCUCCAGUCCGUGUAAGCCCCACCCAAGUUCCUGAUCCUAGUGGACUAUUACCUGAUACAGCAGUAUUUGCAAGCUGGCAAGUUGUAUGCAACAUCACCCAACCAAAAGGAGCUAGCCCCAGAUGCUGUGUAUCUUUCUCUGCUUUCUACAAUGAAUCUAUCAUUCCUUGUCCAACAUGUGCCUGUGGUUGCCCGUCUAAUACCGCUCGGACAUGUAGUACGAAAGCUCCCGCUCUUCUCCUCCCAUCUCAAGCUCUUCUGGUUCCAUUUGACAACAGAACCAAGAUGUCCCUUGCCUGGGCUGAUAUUAAACAUCUUCCAGUUUCAAACCCAUUGCCAUGUGGAGAUAACUGCGGUGUGAGCAUCAACUGGCAUUUGUUCACAGACUAUAGGGGCGGAUGGUCAGCCAGGAUCACCAUCUUCAAUUGGGAUGAGUCUCCCUUUAUUGAUUGGUUCACUGCGGUGGAAUUGGACAAAGCAGCCCCUGGUUUUGACAAAGUGUAUUCAUUCAACGGAACUAUGUUAGACGGGGUUAAUAAUACAAUAUUCAUGCAGGGUCUUGAGGGCUUGAACUAUCUGGUAGCAGAAACAGAUGGAGCUAAUCCAGAGAAAGAUCCCCGUGUACCUGGGAAACAACAAUCAGUAAUCUCGUUCACAAAGAAGAAUAUCCCUGCCGUCAACAUUCCUGCUGGUGAUGGGUUCCCAACGAAACUAUACUUCAAUGGAGAAGAGUGCUCAUUGCCAAAGGUACUCCCAACAAGCAGUUCAUCUAGAAUAUCUUCAUUCACUCUCACUACAUCCAUACUAGCACUUGUGGUUUUCAUGUUGGUACGACAAUAGCAGUGAGAUGUGGCCUGCCAAUUGAUUCAUUCUUUAGAUUCUGCAACCAGGUUUUAAUGCUGGUGAACAGUCUUUCAAUCAGUUUGUGUAUUCAGGGACAAGGUCUUUUCAGCAAGUUUUGAUUUGUAACUAUUGCUUAGUCUGGAAGUCUAUUUCCAGAUAAUAUUUGACUUAUACGUUAAUACCUGUAUAAUUAGCAGACAAGAAUACCUCAGUUUGUUCA